CUUCGCUUGCGCAUGCGCAUAAACAUAAAGAGGGGAGGAAGAGAGCGGAGACGAAGUGAAACAUAUUUUACAGUAUUUACAGUGGGAAGAAGUUUACUCCUGGAGGAAAAACGAACACGCAUACAGGCAAACAUCUGGUGCCACCCCAGUGAUGUCUUCCCAGUGGUGGGAGCAGUGGCCCCUGCUGACCGGGAAUAAUACCACUACCUUUUCGGACAACACUAGCUGCUACGGCUCCUCUCAGAGCACUGUACUAAACACACUCAACUUUGGAGGAGUGCCUGUUGUGCUACUACUAGAUUUCUCUGUCUUCCUGGUGUUGCUGAUCCUUUUCUCCAUUAUCAGGAGGAAGUUCUGGGACUACGGGCGUCUGGCAUUAGUUGCAGACAAAGAGGGGUUUGUUGGAUCAAAACACCGUCGCUAUGGACGCAUGUCUUCAAUUGUGUCCAGCGUGGAGGACCCUGAGUAUGAAUUGGGAUUCUGCUCUUGGCUGCCUUACAUCCUCAGAAUGGAUGAAGAAAAAAUAAAAGCCAGAUGUGGCAUGGAUGCUGUUCACUACCUGUCCUUUCAGCGUCACCUGAUCGGCCUGCUGAUGGUUAUAACUGUCACUUCCCUCGGAAUCAUACUUCCUGCCAACCUGAGCGGAAAACUGAUGGGUAAUGAGCCAAAGAGUUUUGGAAGAACAACUAUUGGGAAUCUUCAGGCAGGAAACAACUUGUUAUGGCUGCAUACAGUGUUUGCAGUCCUGUACCUGGUCCUGACGGUUUUUCUGCUGCGACAUCACACAUCACAAAUCAAAGGCGUGCGCAGAGAGACAGCCAGGAACACUUUGUUUGUGUGUUCAGUCCCUAAAACAGCAACAGAGGAUGCUGUAAAGACCCAUUUCACAGAGGCGUAUCCAACCUGUCGAGUGUGUGCUGUGACUCUGGGCUACGACGUGGCCAAGCUCAUGCACCUAGAUAAAGAAAGGAUACGAGCUGGAAAAAACCUUCGCUUUUAUGAGCGUUUCUUAGAGACAACAGGGAAUCGUGAGCUGAUUAACCCCCGCCUGUGUGGUCAACUCUGCUGCUGCAGCCCAUCAGGGAAGGUUGAUGCAAUAGAGUAUUACAGUACUAAAGAAAAAGACCUGCUGGAAGAAGUGAGGAUGCAGGUAGAACUGGUGCCAGAGCGCCCCCUGGGGAUAGCCUUUGUUACCUUGCAGACGGAGGCUAUGGCCAAGCUAAUUCUGAAAGACUUCAACGCACUCGACUGUGGCGGCACACGCUGCUGUGGGAGGGACCGGCAGCCUUCAUCAAAUUGUGAAAGUCUGAAAGUGAACAAGUGGCGAGUCAACUUUGCACCGCAUCCCAAAAAUGUGUUUUGGGACAAUCUCUCAGUGGGAGGUUUCCCCUGGUACAUCCGCUAUAUUAUGAUCAACUUCUUCCUCUUCUUCCUGCUCACCUUCCUCACCACUCCCACCAUCAUCAUCAGCACCAUGGACAAGUUCAAUGUUACGAGGCCCAUCUACUAUCUCAACAGCCCAAUUGUCACUCAGUUCUUCCCCACUCUCAUGCUGUGGGCUUUCUCUGCCCUGCUGCCCACCAUAGUCUACUAUUCCACACUGGGAGAGGCACACUGGAGCAGGUCCAGUGAGCAGCUGAGUAUGAUGCGGAAGUUGUACUUCUUCCUGCUCUUCAUGGUGCUUAUCCUGCCCUCGCUCGGACUCACAAGUCUUGCUGUGUUUUUCCGCUGGCUGUUCGAUAAAGAGUUUCUCUCUGGUGGAAAACUGAGGUUUGAGUGUGUGUUCUUACCUGACCAAGGAGCAUUUUUUGUCAACUAUGUGAUAGCAGCGGCCCUGGUGGGCUCUGGGAUGGAGUUGCUGCGGUUGCCAGGGUUAUUGCUUUACAUGAUUCGUAUGGCGCUUGCUCGCUCUGCGGCUGAAAGGAAAUAUGUCAAACAGAACCAGGCGUAUGAGUUUGAAUAUGGAGCCAUGUACGGCUGGAGCUUGUGUGUGUUCACUGUCAUUAUGGCCUACAGCAUCAUAUGUCCUAUUAUUGUGCCUUUUGGUCUGCUGUACAUGAUGCUGAAGCACCUGGUGGACAAACACAACAUGUACUUUGCUUACCUGCCUGCUCGCCUUGACCGCCAGGUCCACCUGGCAGCUGUCAAUCAAGCUCUGGCUGCACCCAUCAUCUGCCUGAUAUGGCUUUACUUCUUCUCUGUCCUCAGAACAAGUUUCUGGGCUUCCACCUCUUUAUUCACAAUGGUCAUCUUGUUCAUCACUGUCUUCAUCUGCGUUGGCUACACCUGCUUUGGUCAUUUCAAAUACCUCAGCCCACACAACUAUGAGACAAAAGACGAGGAUCAGGAUACAGCAGAGCGAGCGGAGGAUAGCACCACGGUCUACCUCCCCAGAGUGCUUAACCCCAAAUCCCCAGCCAGCAACCCACAGGAGGUCAAACCUGAGAAGGGGUACGGCUCUACGGAGGGAAGUCCGACCUUCAGCUCUACUCCCGUGGAAGGAAGCACGUCGGACGCCUGAAACUGUGUUUUUCCAACACUGAUGAGUCAGGAUGCCCACGGCUCUUUAUCUUUCAUUUGUUUCCUUAACAAUCAUUUCAACAUGGAAGUUUGAUUUCAUCUCAGCCUGUCCCGCUGAGAGAUCAUCUCAAGGUGGUAAUAGUAGUGUAUAACAACGAUCAGGAUUGUCAAACUAUUCCACCUCAUGCUGAUAUAAAGACACACUAUGAGUCAAUAGUAUCAUGAAGGACAAUGUGUUGAAUUUGAAUUAUUGUUUGCACUUAAUCAACAAAGUGUGCACAUUUAUGAUAAGCUUGCGUUCUGUUUCCCGCCAUAGUAUUUAACGAGACCUCUCUGAUAGAAACAACUUUUCCCGAGUAAUGUCUGUGUCUAAAAUGUCCUUUUUUAAAAUAUGCCUUAAUGGUUGCAUACAAUUCCUGAAAUUUGUAUUUUUUGCACACGCCAAAGCUAAUUACUUAGCAGAAGAAGAAAAUCACUGCAGCCAAAAAAGUGGACAAGCAGAGUUUUCUAUUCUUUAUCAGGUUUCGAUUACUUCACAGUGUCUUUUUUGAUACCAGAGGACAACAUAUGCCAAGGGAAUAACUUAUUGCCUAAUGUUAAUUAUGAAACUUGUGAGAAGAGAGGAGAACCCUGUCUACUGUUUACUAACUAAAGUUUACUGUCUGUGCUGUUGUAAUGAGACAAAAGAACAAGAAUUUGUGAGAGUAUUGAAGAAGUUGCAACCAAAUUUGAUCAACAAUGGUCAGAGCCAUAAUUUUCAUUCUUGUUUAAGAUCAGAUACAGACGCUGUUCCAAUAAUGAAGAAAUGCUUAAAACAGGUCAAGAUUUAUUUGUAUUUAAUGUACUUGUACAUUGACUUUUUGCUUUACUGCUUUUUUUAAAUGUGCCUUUAACUUAAUCCUAACUGCAGAAAUGUAACUGUACAGUGGUUGGUGACUGUUAAGGUUUAAUAGAUAUGAUGUCUACUGGUUGCAUAUGUUUUAUAGGAACUCAGUCAUAGCUUUGUAUGCGGGGGUAAAUGUCAACAGUAUCAGUUGAACAAAUAUAAACUGGAAAAACAUUGCA